AUGGCAUUAUUCCCACUAGUGGUGUUUCUGGCUGCUGUGCUGCUUCCAUCUAUACCCACAGAAGGAAAGGAUCCAUCCUUUACUGCUUUGCUAGCUACUCAAACGCAAGUCCAAAAAGAGAUUGUAAAUAAACACAAUGAACUAAGGAAAUCAGUCUCUCCACCUGCCAGCAACAUGCUAAAGAUGGAAUGGAACCGAGAAGCAGCAGCAAAUGCCCAAAAGUGGGCAAACAAGUGCACUUUAGAACAUAGCGUGCCAGAGGACCGAAAAACGAGUACAAAAUGUGGUGAGAAUCUCUAUAUGUCAAGCUACCCUGCCCCAUGGUCAGAUGCAAUCCAAAGCUGGUAUGAGGAGCGCCAUAAUUUUGUCUAUGGUGUAGGACCUAAGAGUUCUGGUGCAGUUGUUGGGCAUUACACCCAGCUUGUUUGGUACUCUUCUUACCAUGUUGGAUGUGGAAUUGCCUAUUGCCCCAAUCAAGAAAAUCUAAAAUACUACUACGUUUGCCAAUAUUGUCCUGCUGGCAAUGAUGUGAGUAAAAAGAAUACCCCUUACCAACAAGGAACACCUUGUGCUAGUUGCCCUGGUAACUGUGACAAUGGAUUAUGCACCAACAGUUGCGAGUUUGAAGAUCUCCUUAGUAACUGUGAUUCCUUGAAGAAAACAGCUGGCUGUGGACAUGAAUUGCUUAAGGAAAAGUGCAAGGCUACUUGCCUAUGUGAAAACAAAAUUUACUGA